AUAAAAGGUUUGCAACUGUAUCUGAACAAAUCCCAAAAACACCCGCGAGAAGAACGAGCCAAACCGUAUACACAAUGGGCCAAUGUGAAUGCGCAGCCCAGUUCGGCCAGAUCCAAAACGGAUGAAUUUAUCACCACCAAGCACCAACAUUAUCACACGCUCAGCGCGGUACGAUCGCAAGACUUGCGUGCUGAAGAUGCAAGCCGGCAGACUAGCGAGGAAUGGUUGGCUAAUCACGGAUUGGUGGCCUUAAAUUUGACCGCACGUGACCUCGUCGCCAUGGGACGCAUUGUUUCCCCGGACACGGAAACAUCGACUCCAGAACGACUACGCAUGGGAGACAAAAUGACAGUUCAGCAAGACCUGAAACGAAAUCCGCCAGAAGCGCUGGAGUAUGAUUUAGAAACGGUCACUGAAUACGAAUGUAAGCUGCAUUCAGCGAUGGCGAACUACACGUUGAGAAUCAAAUGGUUAAUGCAGAGUUCACGACGUGUAUUUGGUGUGAUUAAAGGUGAACAUAUCGGUCUCCUGUUGGAUGCGUCGCAUAUGAAUUUGGGCUACGGUCGCGAUCGUUUGUACCGGGAUUACCUUAUUCAGUUGAUCGACGAACAGCUCGCGGCGAAACACAUCCAGACCGUUUUCGUUGCCACCUACGGGACACAGACCAGUAUGCUAUGGCCAGUACCAAUGACAGUCAAUGGGAGAGUGUUGGAAGAGUUGAAAACUUUUGUCCGGGAAGAGAUGAAGCCUUCGGGAAGUUCAAAUCUUUUGGAUGGGAUCAAGAAGUUCCCGUUAUGCAAUUUCCGUUAUAAUUCAGUGACGCCGAUAUUCGCGGCGGGUUCGAACAAGAAACCAGAGAUGAAACGGGCUGAUAGCCUAAAACUGAUAUCUUUUUCUGGUCCUUUAUAUCCUCAAAUAUUUGGUGGUUAG